UACGUAAAACCACAUUAAGCUUAUUAAAACAACAAGCUUUUCAAAGAAAAAAAGUUCAUCAUAGCAAUAGACAAGCAAAAAGAAACGAAAGAUUAUAUAAUAAGACCCAACUAAUUAAAACCAUUGAAGCAUAUUUGAGAAUUCUUCGUAGACAAAAAUGCAAUGCGCAAGCAGACGAAAAAAUUCAAUGGUUCAACCAUUUGAAAGAAUCUGCUAAAGAUGCUAAUGAGAAGGAUCUUGAAAUUUUUCAAUUGAUUUAUUCGGAUUUUAAUAGUUUAAAAAGAAAGAGUGGAAAGAGUGAUGAAGAAAUUGAAUGGUACCAAAGAGAAUCUGAUUUUCAUUUACAAAUUCGUCUUUUAAAAAAUAGGAUCGAAGAUUUAAAAUCAAUGUUAGGUAUUUCUACAAGAAGUUACAAAACAGUCACUAAUGAGAGGUUAUAUCUUGAGGCAAUGGACAGUACUGCUGAUAUGGAUCCAAUUUCAGGCCCAAUUAAUACUUCUGAUAUAAUUGAAAUAAUUGAUGAUGAUUGA